AUGCUCCGAGCCACCGCCCGCGUCAUGUCGUCGUUCAACAAGAUCCCCGCUGUCCUCCCCAAGCUCCCGUACGAGUACAACGCGCUCGAGCCGAGCAUCUCGGCGACCAUCAUGGAGCUCCACCACUCGAAGCACCACGCUACCUACGUCGCCAACUUCAACAAGGCCACCGAGGACCUCCAGGCUGCUGCCCAGGCGCAGGACAUCCGCAAGCAGAUCGCCCUCCAGGCUGCCAUCAAGUUCAACGGCGGUGGCCACAUCAACCACUCGCUCUUCUGGGAGAACCUCGCGCCCUCGUCCAACGGCGGCGGCCAGUUCCCCUCGUCGGGCCCGCUCGCCGACCAGCUCGAGGCGGUCGCCACGGCCAACCAGGACCCGCUCCUCGGCUACGUUCCCCUCAUCGGCAUCGACAUGUGGGAGCACGCCUUCUACCUCGACUACAAGAACGUCAAGCAGUCGUACCUCGACGCCAUCUACAACGUCAUCAAUUGGAAGGAGGCCGAGAAGCGCCUCGCGUCGGCCUAA